AUGAUCAACAACAUUGAGCAGUUUGUGGUUCAUUGGGGCCUGGAAGCAGGGUUAGACGAGCUGUCAGCAAAGGUGCUUACUUGUUUGUUUCUCAGUUUUCCCCUUGCGGCUGUCUUCAAAAGGCUUCCAGAUUCCUAUGUGAGACUCAAGCAGUGGUAUAUCAUUAGGUGA